AUGGAGACGGCUCCCAGCGCGCCGUCUGCCAGCGGUGCGCGGGAGCGGAUAAGUGAGAGCAAGAGGGCGGCGCGGAAGCGGGACGCCAGCUCACGCGACGCGCUGCGGAACGACCGAGGGAGCGGAACGGAUGAACUCACAGCCCUCCCUGCUGCGUUGUUUGACAGUCUGACACAACUGACUGAACUGUUUCUUAGUUACAACCAGCUGACUACUCUCCCCGAGGCGGUGUUUGACCACCUGGUGAAUCUGCAGACGCUGUAUUUGCAUCAGAACCAGCUGAAAAUUCUACCCGCCGGGGUAUUUGACCGCCUGGUGAAACUGAAGGAGCUGUAUCUGGACCAUAAUCAACUGCAGGCGAUACCACCCGCUCUGAUUGACAGUUUGACUGAACUUAUGCGACUUGACCUGGAAGAUAACCAACUGAAGUCUCUGCCGCCAGGCAUCUUUGACAGACUGGGGAAGCUGAUAUAUUUGCACCUGCACGAGAACCAGCUGACGACUGUUCCCGCCGGGGUGUUUGACCGCCUGAGGAAUCUGCAGCGGUUGGGUCUGAACGACAAUCAGCUGAAGAGCGUUCCUAGGGUCGCGUUUGACAAACAGAGCGAGUACUACCAGCAGCGGUCUCAGCUUUGUCGACCUACGUCGCAGCUGUUGCUGUUGGCUGCACGAGCCGGAAAGCAAGAGUUGAGCACAGAACUCGCACACGGCAUCAACAAUGACACCGUCUAG